AAGUAGUAUCAAAGAUAAAUAAUAAAGACAUGUAUGUGCUUACAAACUUUUAAAAAAAAUCUGGUUUGUUCCCGGUACUUUCUAAAAUGACCGCACUCACCGCUUGGUGGAGCGCGUGAUUAAUUGCAUUGUUAUCAUUUCGACCAAAGUGUGCCAUGAGUAGAACAAAAUGAAAUGUCAACAUUGUCACUCAUUUCGAUACCGUAUAACGAGUUGUUAGUUAAAAUGGGAAAACUGUGUUGCAUUGAAAGUUGUCGGAGAAAAUCUCCAUUCGUAUCGUUGUUUAAAUUUCCGAAGCAAACAGAUAGGUAAUGAUAUGAAUUUUUGUUUUGUAUACCUUAUAAUAACGUACGAACAAUAUAAAUAAUUUUUCUAGACUUCAAGAUUGGAUUGAGUUUUGCGGAAUCAUUGGAAAGGAAAAGAAUGGCUCAGGAAUCCAAGUAGAGCAUCGGCGAAUUUGCUCUGUACAUUUCAAGCCUUCAAUGUUUCGAGAUCCAAUGAAUACAUCGAAAGGCUUAAAAUCUGAUGCUGUACCAACCGAGUUUAUAUCAAACCAGCUUGAAAUUGAUUUGGUGCAGAACGACCUGACAGGUAAUUAAUAGUUUAGUAUGGCUUCUUUUUGAAUGACAUGACUUUAAGGAAAAUAUACAUAUUUGGGAAUUAGAAAUUUUUUUCUAAUUGAGGUUUGAAGUAUUUAACAAUUGUAAAUACCAUGGAAAUGAAUUCAGCCAAUUAUUGCUUGCUUCGGUAAAGUUUAAAUUGAAAAGGCUCGAUCAAACGCCUUGGGACAUUUUCGAAUAGAAAUUUCUUGUUACUUAUAGAAUUGAAUGGUUUCUAAAAUUAUCUAUAACCAUGAUUUACACUUGGUAUGCAAUAUUUUAUUGUAAACUCCAGUUUUAUCUCAAUUGAGGAACUUACCAGAAAUAGUUUCAAAGUCGAUUUUUUAAAAGCAACAUUUUUUUCGAGAUAAUACCAGAUCUAAAAUUUUCAUGAAUUUCUAAGACAAAUGGAACAUUGAUUGCUACCAUAUUUGAAAGAAAUUUGAAAGAACUCGGAUUGGAAAUGAUUUUCCCAAACUUACAUCCCUUCAAUCUCAAUAUUGACGGAGCUAUAAAUGUUCUAUUAUUUUCAUUUUAUUCUGUUUUCGAAGCAACCCUACCAACGAAAACAUAGGACACAUGUUUCGAGCAUUAUUGAAAAACUUUCCAUUUAUUAUAAAACUUUUCCGAAAUAUGUAUCUUUGCAAUGAAAAUAUUCGACAAUUUUUAUUACGCUUUUUCGGAUUUUUCAACACUAGAUUUUUUUUAAAUAAAUGAAAAUUUUUUAUAUAAAAAAAGUCAUGAACACCCAUGCGUCCCCAUUCAUAUCUUUUUAGAAGGGAACCCAUAGUGCAUUAUUCUAGCAGUUUGUGCAAUACAAGUAACUAAAAAUCGUAAACAACCAUGCGUCUCCAUUCAUAUCCAUUUGAAAGGGAACGCAUGGCGCUUAGUUGAAACAGUUCAAGUAAUUCAUGGCUUGGAGAUUGUAGAAACGAGAUGGAGGAAAAGAAUUUCACCUUAUGCAUCCUAUACACAACUUCGUACUCCGGGCAAUUUUUAGAUAGCAACAAAGCCAGAAGAAACGGUUUUAUUGCAUAUAAGUUUUUGAACAUGUGUGCUAGAUGAAAUUAAAAUAAAAACCAAGCAUCAACUUAAAUUAAUUCACCUAGUUUGAUUAGUUAUCUUGUUGUAAAUGGGAUAUUUUUUAAUGGUAGGUAAUAGGUGUAUCUGUAUGCUACAGGUAUAACUAUAAUGAAUGAAAGGUAAAACAUAAAUUUAUGGUUUGAACACCAAAACGGCUUCAGUUUAGAUUAAACAACCUAGCGUUGCAAUAUCGUAACUGGCGACAUUUCUUAUGUUUUGAUUCCAUAAGAAUUACAAGCAGUUAUUUUGACGGAUAGCGACGUUCUGGUGAAUGUGACAUUGUCUGUAGAAAACUCUAGGAAAUUAUUUGAAUUUUGCACACUGAUGUGAUCUGAUUGUCUCAAGUAAUAUAAAUAAUAUCAAUUCAUAAAUGUUGAUACUAAAUACGCUAAGGUGAAUUUUCUUUAAUCAGUUAAUAGGUAAAAGAUAAAAAAAAUUUCACGAAUCUCCGAGUUUCUGGCAUUCAAUAUUAAGACAGAGUACACGAUCGCGUAGUGAUUUUGAAAAUAAUAUUGAACUAUUUUUGUUUCCUGUUCUUACAUCAUAUAUUUCUAUAGGUGAGAAUUUUUCAAAUUUUUCGAUGAACGAGGUAUCGCGAUAUCGCUUACUGUAUGAGGCAGAAAAAACCAAAGUCUCUAACCUUCAAAUAGCCCUAAAAAACGAAAAAAAUUGUCUUAAAAACCUUCGUCGUUUGUGUAAGAGGAGGAAGAUCUCUCUGACAUUGAAAAAUAAGAAACUUAAUGAGUUACGGACGCAGCUGAAACAUAAACAUAAACUUACGAACAGGGAAAAAAGAGUAUUGAGAUAUGUUCAAAGAAAUUCAAUUUUGUUGGAAUCAAUUGAAAACUCAACGAAGAACAAAUACGGUAGACGUUAUCGGGAUAUAAAACCACUUGCAGUCCGACAAAAAAUACGAUCUGCAGCCGCAUAUAGAACUUUGCGGUCGACAGAAGUAAUUUGUUUGCCACAUUCACGAACUGUGUCAAGGUGGCAACAGAGCAUUAAGAUAACUCCUGGAUUCAACCAAGAAAUUUUAAAGCGAAUGGCUGUAUCUACGAGAUCAAUGAAUAAGGUUGAUAAAAUAGUUGCAAUUCUUAUUGAUGGUAUGGCAGUAAAACCUAUUCUUGGUUAUCAUUCAAAAACUGAUCAGUUCUAUGGUCUGCCUGAUGACGGAGAAGAAAAAGCGUUCGAGGACAACAAUAUUUCAAACUUAGCAAAUGAAGCCAUUACUAUUAUGGUCAGAGGCGUAUGCUCAAAAUAUAAACAGGUUAGUGUUAAUUACUCCGAUGAUAUAAACCAAUGUCGAAUUUUGUAAUGUUACAGACUUUUGGUUAUUUUCUCGCUAAUGCAACGCUGGGCAGUAACUGUCAAGCUAGAAUAAUAAUUGAAGCAGUGAAGCAUCUUAGAACAGCCGGUUUCAUUCCAAGUGUAGUUGUAAUGGACCAACACGCAACAAAUGUGCAAACGGCCAAGGCAUUAGGCGUUAACACCAAUAAGCCAAUGUUUUUCGUAGAUUCCAAACCAGUUGUAUUUUUUUACGAUAACCCUCAUUUAUUGAAGUCAAUGAGAAAUAAUCUGUUCGCUAAAAAUGUGCUUUAUAAAAAUAAGAUUGCUUCUUUUCAACAUAUACGCGAGCUAUUCUCGCUAGAUGUGCAAAACGUACCUCGGUUGGUUCCAAAAUUAACAAGAAAAGCCGUUUUCUUGCCACCGUUUUCAAAAAUGAGUGUUAAAAACGCUACUCGUACCUUAAGCCGAACCACCGCAAGUGCUAUAAAGUUUUAUGUACAGCUAGAGUGUAUGGAAGCUGAAGCAAAGGACACAGCAGAGUUUGUUGAAAUAUUCGACAACCUGUUUGACGUGUUUAAUUCGCGUAACAAAUCAGAUAAACUCAAGCCCUUGAGAGCAGCAAUAACUGGAGAUAGCAAUCAUUGGGACUUCUUAAACAACAUCGAGGAUAUUUUCAAAAGCAUGAUGUUCAUUCCAGCGACGUGCUUUGAUUCUUCUGUUGCAUCACAAGAAGCGAACAAUGCUUUAACGUCAAUUCAACGGCAUCCUCCAUGCUUGAAUGGAUACCUUCAUAACAUACAAACGAUUCGAGAGCUGUGGACUAUUCUAAAUACAAGUUAUGGAGUACCAUUCAUUCGAACUAAUUAUAUUUGUCAAGAUGCGUUGGAAAAUGAAUUUUCAAAUAUAAGACGUAGUUGCGGGUUCAAUGAUACACCAAACUGCUAUCAGUUUGCAGCAGCUUUAAAAUACAGCAGUGUAUCUAAAUGUUUGGAUGCUACUAUAAAUACAAACUGCGAACCUGAUGACCUUAGUACUGUAGUUGAUCCCCUAGAAGAACCGGAAGAAGAUCCACUGGCAAUCGAUACAGAAAAUUGUCGCAUGCGCUAUUUUCAACCCAUUGCUUUUGACAAAGUUCAAUCACCAGACAAAGCUGAAAUGAAUGCUCUGGUAUAUGUUAUUGGAUAUGCAGUGACUAAACUGAAACAUAAAAAGUGUCGAAAACGAAUGGUUCUGAAACAUGAUGCAUCCCAGAUACUCGAACAUCAUUAUUCGUUUUGUAGAGUGAAACAAUACCUUAAUGCAAAUCGAUUCAACUACCCCAAUAAUACAGCAAUUGAGAUUGGCACAAUUCUGUUAACAGCUUUCAAAGAAAAAUUUUUUAACUUUUUCAACGAAAGCCGAUUUGGCCUAAAAAAUAGAUUAGCUGAAUAUGUCGAUUACAGUGAUUAUGAAACAUUUUUGUGCACCGGGUGUUUCGCAAAGUUUAUUGACUGCACAUUAAAUACCUUAAUAAAAGGACAAUUGUUGAAGAUAACCAACAAGACAAACAAAACGAAUCGCAAAACGAAAAAAAACGGAAAAGCACGAAGAAUGGGCAUCCAAAGUAAGCAACCAGGUCAUCAAAAGCGCAAGAUCGGAACACGCAAAUCACCUAACUAUAAAAACAUCCAGAUCCGAGCAAUGAAGCAAAAAUCAUAUUCACACGAUCCAGUUACAAAAGUAAAGCCAAACGAAAUUGAAGUUUCAAAUAACAGAACGGAACUGAUUGAUUGUAACAAGAUUGGCCCUAGUUCUUCGAGUGACAAUAAUCCACAACCUGGCAUGAAAGAUUACAAAUUAAAUGAGAUGGAAAAAUGUGUAACAAUGCUAGAAAAUUUGGUCUCCAAAUUCCCAGAGCAAAAAACAGUUCAUGUCGAGCAGAGGGAUUGUCUCACGUUAUCUCUUGAUUACAUUCUAAGCACAUACGAUGAAUUUAAAAUCGAAUUGCGGUACAUUUUUAUUCAGUACAAAAAGUACGGAAGAUAUCUUAAAAAAAAAAAUGAAUUUGACAAAUUGGGAGGAGUUAUCCAACAUUUUGAACGAGGAGCAUAAACUAAAAAUGAUUACUCACUUGGAGCAGAAACUACUUUCAAAACAAGAAUUUGGAGUGCAUUGCGAAUUUUUCAGUUCAGUGUUAAUUUAUGAAUGGGGAUUGCGCAUUUUCAUGAAAGUACACAAUUUUUUAAACCGGCCAGAUGCAUUAAAACAUAUAAAAUUGCAGGAAGAAAUGAUUAUUUACCAAAAUGAUGGAAUAUAAGACUGAUGAUUCGACUGUAACAUGACUGCUUUGGAACCAAGACUCAAACUUGUCCUUCAAAGAGUGUAAUUUUCAUUCCACUGAUGUUUUAUCAAAAUAAAAUUUGUUAUGGUACACAGUAUGUAUCGCUUUUAUUUCACACACAC